AUGCAUGAAGAAAUUGCCGCGUGAUGACACCGCGCCAUCGCCCAAUUCUUCUCUCCCCCGGUAGUGGUAUCUCUCUCAUCUUUUGUUGAGGCGCAGUGUUUGAAUAGGAUAAAUCAACAACGUAUCUCCUGGAAUGCUUUACUGCGGGUUGACGCCGCCAGACGAGAGGAAGUGAGAUAUUACUUUCACCACUUCACGCUGGGCUCUGAACGCCAAUGCAGCAAGUCGGCCACUCGCCACCAUUUUGCAGGCUGGCAGCAAAGUUCUCAGAAGAAGCGGUGAAGUACCUUGGCACUAGCCAUGAGAAAACAGCAAUGUGACAACCCGAGAUACGACACAACCAUCGAGAUCAAGCCCUUGAACGGUCCCCGGCCGCCGCCGACACAGCUGUGUGGAAACCCUAAGAUGAGCGAUGGUACUAUCGGCCGUUUCGGGACCAUGACACUCGGUAGGGCAGGGUCCUUGCCCGGGUCAUUUGGCGGGCGGCCCACAGAGAACAGAACACGGUCUUACUACCGCUCCAACUGGGAUUCGGAUGAGAGUAUCGACCCUACGAUAGAGCUGACAUGUCUACAGUUGGAGGACACCAAAAAGAGGAUGGACGCCGCCAAGAGUAAACACAAAACAAGGAGCCAUCUUGGUCCCACGGCGAGGAGGCGAUGGAAGAUAGCCUGCACCAUUCUGACCUGGGUGGUGCUCUUGUCGUUAACGGCGUUUACAGCUUGGCUUUAUCUUAGAGUGGAGAACCUGAGAACAGAGAAGGGUCAACUUCAGACCAAGGUCGUCGACGAUGCCAAGACUAUGGUAAACCUUCAAAUAAGAACUAACAGAUUGUCGGACCAAAAAGACGAACUCGCAAAACGAGUGACAGAUGGAAUCUGUGAGAUAGAGAAGCUCCAGAACGCCACCAAGCUGUUAAAGACGCAGUUGGACAGCGUUUCUAGUCAGCUCAAUGUACAGGACGAUCGACUGAGGAUGGUGCAAGAUCGCCUCAGCUUCAUAGGAGGAUGCUACGACUGUGUAGUAAGAGACUGUUCCGAUGUGCGAUCAAGGAACGUACUCAGCGGGAUAUACCCAAUAUGGCCUAAGAACUUCACCAACGCCUUAUACGUGUACUGUGACCAUGGGCCAUCAGGCGGUGGAUGGACUGUCCUUCAGCGCCGACUGGACGGAAGCGUUAAUUUCUACAGAAAUUGGACUGAAUACAAGAAGGGGUUCGGGGACCUGGGUGGUGAAUUUUGGCUCGGUAUGGACUCCAUCUACUUGUUACUGAGUCAGAACACUUACCGCAUGCGCGUUGAUAUGGAAGACUGGGAAGGUAACAAGGCUUACGCUGAAUACAGCUCUAUCCAGGUGGACACAGAACGAAACAAUUACCGGAUACGACUAGGCACUUAUUCUGGCAACGCUGGGGACUCUAUAGCCGGUACGAACGCCACCAUGGAUUACUUCACCAGAAACCUUAAUAACAUGCAGUUCAGCACUAGGGACAGGGACAAUGAUGGCUCCUCUAGGAAUUGCGCGCUGCUAUUCAAGGGAGGGUGGUGGUACAACGACUGCUACAACGCGAACUUGAACGGGAUAUACUACCGGGGAGGGAACUAUACUGACGCAGUACAAGACGGUAUCGAAUGGUCCACGUGGAAAGGGUGGCGAUACUCACUGAAAGGUGUGAGUAUGAAGAUACGGCCCGUAAACUUUGUGCCAUAGGAUAUGAACACAUUCCGCCUUCUUAUAUCAUGACAUAUUACUGACGAAGAGAUGUUAGGACUUGAGUUCACCGAUCCUGAACAACACCAUCUUGUGAUAUCAAUGAGGCUAGUUGUACAUUAGGAAAAUAUAGAUACCAUUAGAAAGACAUUGACUCCGAAUGCAUUCGAAGAGCUGUCGUGCCAAUAUUCACGAAUGACAAUGGAUCUACAGUGUAAUUAUAUUAUGUUCAAACAACCGAGAUAAAGAAAAAACAGUGUAUAUAUGUAUAAAUAUCCCCAUUGUUAUACUUUAAAUAGGUCUUAAAUCUACUCGCAAUAUCUUUCAUGUCGAAAUAAAACUACCGAUACCACAACCAGACAUCAACACUGAAUAUUCCUAUAAACGUCCGUACCCGCACUGGUAAUAAAGGAUUCAAGAAGACCAAUUUGAAAUGUAUAAAAUCAAUUCUUGUUUUUACAGAUAUCUACUACAUUUAAGAGUGGCAUUGUUUUAUUGAUACACCAGUUGUAAGGUAU